AUGCCGUCGUUCCAAUUCAAGAUUUGGGAAAUCUCCGAACGACCUAGCAUCUAUCGCCAUUCCACACCCCGGCUCCCAGUCGCUGUGGAUUCAAGUGUGAAGCCUCAGAUGCAGAACGCCGCUCAGCUAGUCGAGGAGUUCGAUAAGGCACAUAAGCUCACACUCGACGAAAUCAAGAUGGCCCAGGAAUGGGAUUCAAGUCACGAGCCCCCAGUUCUCCACAACAGAACGACCAACCACUUUAAGUUAACGGCCUUCGACCCCUACAGUCGCCAGUUGCCCCCAGCUGGGCCAAUUCGGUCUAAUAUCACACUCUACAAGAGAUAA